AUGGACCUAUCUCUUAUUGAUAGGAACUUCAUGUGGUUCAAAGAUCGAUCUUGUAGUCGGAUUGACAGGGUUUUGGUCAAUAUAGAGUGGACUGAGAAAUUCCCUGAUAUGCGGCUAAAAGGAGGACCAAGAGGACUAUCAGAUCAUUACCCGUUGAUUGUGGAACUUACAAGAGUAAGAGGGGGCCCUAGACCUUUCAGAAGUUUGGAUUCCUGGUUUACGCAUGAGGGUUUUCUGAGGGUGGUCAAAAAUGAAUGGAGAAAUUUGGGAGAUGCUCAGUUCACAUGUAAGCUAAAAGCUUUGACAGUACCUUUGCGAAAAUGGCACAAGGAUAAUUUUGGCGACAUGGAUAAGAGACUAAUGAUGUUUGAGGAGGAGAUUAAGAGGCUUGACAAUAUGGUUAGUGAUUGCAUUUAUGACGGUACGACGAAGGCUAGAAGGAAGGCGUUGGUGAGCUUUUGUGAAAAGUGGUAUGUUAGGAAAGAGAUCCAUUCGAAGCAGAUAUCACGGUCCCAAUAUGCUAGGAACAUAAAUAAGAAUACUAAAUACUUUGAUAACAUCGCCUCGGCUAGAAGAAGGAAUAACAGGAUUGACACUCUGAUGAUUGGUGGACGGUUAGUGAGGAAUCAGGCAAGAAUAAAGGUUGCAAUUAGGGGGUUUUAUAAGGAUCUGUAUCGACAAAAAUAUGCUUUGAGGAUUGGUGUUCGGGAUGGUUUGGUGAAGAAGAUUGAUGGAGCGGAGGCGGAAGCCUUAGGGGUUUUGCCAUCUGUGGAAGAAAUUAGGGAGGCAGUUUGGGAUUGUGAAUCUUCUAAGACUCCAGGUAGUGAUGGGUACAAUAUGAACUUCAUCAAACAAUGCGGGGAGGAUAUUGGUCAGGAGUUCACUGCAGCAGUGAUGGGGUUCUUCCAAAGUGCUAAGCUUCCAACAGAUGCGAAUGUCAUGUGGGUAACGCUAGCUCCGAAAUUUGUGGGUUCCAAGGAGAUCAAGGAUUUUCAGCCGAUUAGUAUGGUGGGGUGUGUGUAUAACGUGAUUUUGAAGGUUUUGGUGAGAAGGAUGAGGUCAGUCAUGUCGGGAUUGGUAGGAGAGACACAAAGUUCUUUUGUGAAGGGGAGAAAAAUUCAUGACAGCGCCCUCAUUGCCUAUGAGACGGUUCAAUGGCUCAAGACGCAAAGAAAGAAGGCGGCAAUUAUCAAGCUGGAUUUCUAA